CCACCACCUCCUCCGCACAGUUGUGCUAAAGACCACAGAGAAGAUAAUAUGCCUCGACAAGCGCACGGAAGACCAUUGCAACCUGGCAAAGUACAACAUUCAACCAGGAAGAGAACCGAAAAGAACCGAAAACUAAACGCCCUCGAGAUUGCAGAACACGAGAACCCAGAACCGGUAAAAAUCAGAAAACAUCGACUCGGAGUGGUCGAGGACGAUUCAGACGAGCCACAUACCCGAGAAACUCUCGAUGAACGGUCAUCAAAGAGGAGAAGAGUGACUACAAACGAUGAAGACGAGUCUGUAGAUGAGGGUUCUGACCUCGAAGGCAACCGGUGGCAUGUGGGCGUCGACGACGACGAUGAGGACAGUGACAUUGACAGUGAAGAUGCCUUUGGUGCUAGUGAUGAGGAGCGCUUUGCAGAUUUCGCCUUUCGUGGUAGCACAAGUACAACUGCCCAUCCCAAGAAAAAAAGAAGCCGCUCUGUCGCCGAUGACUUAGAUGAGAACGAGCGAGACGAUGGCAAGGAGAACGAAAAUGAAGAUAGUGAUGAUCUCGGUGACGAUGCAAUUGACCUUGCUACUGCGUGGGACAUGGACGAUGAAUCUGGAUCUGAUGUGGCUGGAAAGAAGAGAAAAGGCCAUAAUGCUCGCUCGGGCAGUGACGAUGAGCACGAAGAGCACCCCGAAUCUGAAGACGACGAAGAUGAAGACGAAGACGAGGAGUCAGAAGACGAGGAGGAUCAGAAGUCACUAUUCUCCGUGUCUGACGAGGAUGGUGAUCAUUCCCGUUUGCAGAACUUCGUGGAGGGACUUUCAAGCGGCCGGUCAGACACUGCAAUGAGGCAGCGACGACUUCCCAGCAAUCUGUCGGACAAGCCGUCGCAAUUUGGAAUAAGUGGCUCGAAGAUAUCAGCAGCAGAUCUGAUGCAAUAUAUCAAGGACCCGCGCCAGAGGCAGUCACUCAAAAUCCUUCAGAAUAACGAGGAACAGGGCAAUGAGGUUUAUAAAGGCGGGAUCCCUGGUAAACUUGCUCCCCCACUGGCGAAGCGCCAGCAAGACCGCCUUGACCGCGCGGCCGCAUAUGACGAGACAAAAAAAGAGCUGGGUAAAUGGGUAGAGACUGUCAAGCAAAAUCGCCGUGCGGAGCAUCUUUCUUUCCCACUAGUCGAUCCCGCGGCAAGUGGUGAGUUGACGAGCAGACAACUUGGACCGACCUCGAAGUCUCAACCUAUGACUGCCUUGGAAUCCACCAUCCACGAUAUCAUGAAGGAAAGCGGCAUGUUGUCCAAAGAGCAGCGAUCACUCGAUGAGCAGGAGCAGGCUUACGAAGAGCUUCAGGAAAAGAAACUGCCACUUGAGGAAGUUCAGGCACGUCGAGCAGAGUUGAGAAAAGCAAGAGAUUUGAUGUUCCGAGAAGAGAUUCGAGCCCGAAGAAUCAAGAAGAUCAAAAGCAAGUCUUAUCGUCGGGUACACCGCAAGGAACGAGAAAAAGCCGAGCUGGAGCAUCGGUCUUUGUUAGCCGCACAAGGCUUGAUUGAUUCCGACGAAGAUCGUGAGAAGAAUGAUCGCCGCCGCGCCGAAGAGCGAAUGGGGGCACGACACCGCGAAAGUAAGUGGGCAAAGAGCAUCAAAGCCACGGGCAGAGCUGCUUGGGACGAGAACGCUCGACAUAGUGUCACAGAUCUUGCUCGUCGAGACGAGGAACUACGCAGACGAAUUGAAGGCAAGAUGGUGGGAGGCUCUGACGAAGACGAUGUCGAAUCGUCAGAGUCUGACGAAUAUUCGGACUCAGAAGACGAAAGGGCUCGAUUGGAAAACAAGCUCGAAUCUCUCGAUCAUGACGCUCCAGCAAGCGUUGAAUCUCGUCUUAACAACAUGGCCUUUAUGAGGAAGGCGGAAGCUUCGAGGAAAGCGGCCAAUGACGAAGAACUCUAUAGACUGCAACGAAGUUUGCAAGACGACGGCGAACACGGCGGAUCGGAUGAUUCGGAAGCUGAUUGGGAAGAGCCCAAGGGACGUUGGAAAUUUGGCGGACAAGGCAAGGCUGAAAUGCCACCAAUUCAACACCCGGUCCAGAAGAGUGAAUUCGAAGAACGUGAAUCAGAUGCUGAGAGAGAAGACGAUGAGAAUGGCGAGGAACAAAUGGGACAAGCCAACGAAGGACGAUCCUCCAACUCUGCCAUUACACCACUCAUCUCAACGCAACCUCAACCCCUGGCGACCCCACGCCACAGCAAGGGAGCUAAUGAGUCGACAACUUCUGGACCUAUCGUAGCGAAGAAUACUGGCCCACAUCGUGCACCGAAGGAAGGAGCAUUGCCUAGGAAGCAGACCGGUGUAUCGCACAUUGAACUUGAUGGUUACACUAGCCCAUCCGAAUCCGAAAACGAGCAAGACGAUCACGCUGCUCUUGCAAAUGCCAUAUUUGCCGGUCCCGAUGAAGUGGAGCAAGAUUUUGCGAAGGAGAAGAAUAAGGUGGAAGAGGAAGAGGGUGACCAGGUGAUCGACAAUGGCUUACCUGGAUGGGGGAGCUGGGCUGGCGAGGGCAUUAGCAAAAAAGUCCAAAACCGGGCCAAGGGACGGUUCGUUACCACCGUCAAAGGUGUGUCCAAGGACAAGCGACAAGAUGCCAAAUUGGAUCGGGUAAUCAUCAACGAGAAGCGGGUGAAGCGGAACGGAAAAUAUCUGGCCACCGAGUUGCCUCACCCAUUCGAGUCGCGUCAGCAAUAUGAGCGAUCUCUACGUCUGCCUCUUGGACCUGAAUGGACCACGAAGAGUACCUUCCAGGAUGCCACCAAACCAAGAGUCCUGACGAAACAAGGUAUCAUUCGCCCAAUGGCCCGGCCGAUGGUAUAGUGAAUGGCUUGUCGCAAGGAUACGUAGAGGGGGUGAUGCAGCACAAGGAGCACCUAACGGCAUGAAUGAUCAAUCAAUGAUAGAACCAGAC